GCAGUCACAAAACAAUGAAGCUGAAACAGGUGUAUCACCUGCUGGGAAUUUCCUUCCUGCUCUGCUCGUCAAGCCUUCCCACAGCCUUCGGCGUCCAUUACUCAGUGGUCCAGUUUCCAACAGAGGUCACUGCCAUCGUGGGAGACAAUGUUACCCUGAAAUGUGCCUUCUCCAUCCAGACUGGGAAGCCAACUUCAGCCAAGGGGGGCAUGUCCUGGUUGAAAGGCCCAAGGACGGCAGAAUCUGUGGUGGUCCCUGGACCCCGCUUCAGCCUGUCUUAUCCAGGCACCUUCCUCAGCCCAGGAGAGGGACUUCUGGUCAUCACCAAUGUCUCCUUGGAGGAUGCUGGGAGCUACACUUGCCAAGUGAUGGUGUUGGGUGAAGAGGAGACAUGCGGCAAUGGGGUCAAGCUCCAUGUUUAUGCUCGCCCCACCCACCCGGUCGUUUUCCUGCAGCUCCAGACUGAGCCUGAAUCCAAAUGGAGCCUCGUUUGCAGAACCGGAGGCUUCUACCCUGCUCCGGUGCGGCUCACGUGGUAUCAUUCUGGACUCCCGCUGAAUUCUUCCCAGCAGGAUUGUACAGAUCCCAACGGGUUCUCCCAGGCUUCUAGCUUCUUAGGUUUGCCUGAUCCUGACCAGAGGGCGAGCUACACUUGCAGCGUGGAGCACCCAUCGGUGUCCGAGCCAAUAAACGUUCAGUACUUUUAUGAACCACAGAGCCAGUUCUCUUCCCCGCCGUUGGUGAUUGAAGUUCUGAACCUGCUGAAGAUUGGGAUAAUCUUUGGCAUCACCAUCGCCUUUCUUGCACCAGUGUGCAUAGAUUGUUGCAAAAAGCAUUCAAGAAGAUCUCCGGUAGGUCAGGCUACAGAACUCCAACAUCAGGUCCUAGGAUCUGACAUCAAGGGGUACUUCUAAGGGCAAAGGCAGAUAUAG